AUGGUGUCCAUGCCCAGCUCCUUGGUGGAGUCUAGAAGGGGGCUGGGCUGUCUUCAGGGAGUGCCACUGGUCAGCCCACUGUCCCACAGAGGCUACUCCUCAUCUUCCCACCUGGCUGAGGUGACACUGACCCAGGAGCGCUACCCGGUGCAGCGGCUCCCCUUUGCUGUGGUCUCUGAGGAUGACCUAGCUGUCUUCCAGCGCAUCCUCCCGGGCAGGGUGGUCACCAACCCUGAGGAGCUGGUGGCUGUGAAUGUGGACUGGCUGAGGGCUUUCCAAGGCUGCAGUCAGGUGCUGCUGAAGCCCCGGACGACAGAGGAGGUGGCGCAGAUACUCAGGUACUGCCAUGACAGGAACCUGGCGGUGACCCCGCAGGGGGGAAACACAGGUAUGGUGGGGGGCAGUGUCCCCAUCUUUGAUGAGAUAGUCCUGUCCACUGCCCUCAUGAACCAGGUGGUCAGCUUCCACAGCCUGUCUGGGGUCCUGGUUUGUCAGGCUGGGUGCAUCCUUGAAGACCUGGGUCGGUAUUUGGAGGACCAAGGCUUCAUCAUGCCCCUGGACCUGGGUGCCAAGGGAAGCUGCCACAUUGGAGGGAACGUGGCCACCAAUGCAGGCGGACUGCGUUUCCUGCGGUAUGGCUCUCUGCACGGCAGUGUCCUGGGGCUGGAAGCGGUUCUUGCCGAUGGCACGGUCCUCAACUGUCUGACGUCCCUGCGGAAGGACAACACGGGCUAUGACCUGAAGCAGCUCUUCAUCGGCUCUGAGGGCACACUGGGCAUCAUCACCGCUGUGUCCAUCAUGUGUGCACCUAAGCCCAAGGCUGUGAAUGUGGCUUUUCUGGGCUGUCCAGGCUUCAGUGAAGUUUUGGAGACCUUCCGCUCUUGCAAGUCCAUGCUGGGUGAGAUCCUGUCUGCGUUUGAGUUCAUGGAUGCUGAGUGCAUGCGGCUGGUCGGCCAGCACCUGAGACUGCCCUGCCCUGUACAAGAAAGUCCGUUCUAUGUCUUGGUGGAGACCUCGGGUUCCAGUGCGGAGCAUGACAGUGCCAAGCUGACCAGCUUUCUAGAGCAUGUGCUGGACUCCAGCUUGGUGACUGAUGGGUCGAUGGCCACAGACCUGAGGAAGAUGCAGGCACUGUGGGCUUUGCGAGAGAGGAUCACUGAAGCCCUGAGCCGGGAGGGCUACACCUACAAGUAUGACAUCUCUCUGCCCGUGGAGCGGCUCUACGACAUUGUGAUGGAACUGCGUGCCCGUCUUGGGUCCAGUGCAAAGGCCGUGGUGGGCUACGGCCACCUGGGGGAUGGCAACUUGCACCUGAACGUGGUGGCCGAGACCUUUAGCACCAGGAUCCUGGGUGCUCUGGAGCCCUACGUGUACGAGUGGACUGCUGGCCAGCGAGGCAGCAUCAGCGCUGAGCAUGGGCUGGGCUUCCGCAAGCGGGAUGUCAUAGGCUAUAGCAAGUCACCGGCUGCUGUGGAGCUUAUGCGGGGCCUCAAGACCAUGAUGGACCCCAAGGGCAUCCUGAACCCCUAUAAGAUGCUUCCCUCUAGAGCCUGA